UCACAAAGCGGUGACUCACGUUGGGUAUAUAAAGUUUACCUCACACCUGUAUUUUGGCUGUUCACCUUUUUUAAUUUAUUUAUUUUCUAGAUAAUUGUUUGCAUUACUUUCAACGAUGAACACAAAUUGUUAACAGUUACGGAAUUCAUUGAAAACUUUUACUCUCAAUUAUUAUAGAAUUAAAUUUGUCAAGUUAUACAGCAGUGAAAAGUUAGCUUGUGUUUGUUUUAAAUGCGUUUCUUUAUUUAGAUUAUUUCGAAUCACUUAUUUUUAAAUAAGAACAAUGGCGGAAAAAAAAAUACAGGAAAACCCGCUACCUGAAGCACCACCGGAGCCAGUGGAUAAACCGAAAGAUGUUCCAAGACCACUUCCGAAAACCACAACCGUUCCCAUCACCCCAGUGCCGACAACAAACAGAUUCAGUAUACCGUCACUAACAAAGACACCUCCCAAUGAGCUGUAUAGAAAGCUCCUGCCUGCUAUUUUGUUUGUACUGACAUUUGUUACCGUGAUGACGAUGCUGCUAAUUUAUAUGGAUACUGUUGCUAUGGGCGCCCAACAGUUCCGUCUUAACAUGUCACAGGACUAUGAACUGGCCAGCAUCCCGGCCGAGUCCCCAAUACUCAUAGCUUACGUGAGGCAAUUGCAUCUUGCGCCGCGUCCCCCAAAAAACCCACCACCUGUACCAAAUAUCACUGACAGGGUUGAGGUUCUUGAUCGGCUAUAUGGAGAGAUUUAUAAUGGGACAUUCGUUGAGAUCCUGCCUCAAGGUGACCGGGAGCCGACAACCUCAUACCUGGAGAUGGUGCGUGGUUGGAAGGGCGUAGCCGUUAGGGCUGCACCCCGCGACUUCCUCUCGCUACGGGGCGCUGCAAGUGCACUGCAUGCUUGUCUCAGCCCUACUGCGCAUCCGAGAGAGGUGAGCUACCAGGAGCCGGAGGGCGGCGGCAGCCUGUUCAGCUCGCGCGUGCUCUGCCUGCCGCUGCACACGCUGCUGCUCGCCGCCGGCGUCACCCGCCCGCACUACGCGCUGCUCGCCGGCCGCAGCGUGCCCGCCGCGCUGCGCCGCCUGCCCGCCAGCGCCGCGCUGCAGGAAGCAAUAAACGUGGAGCACGUGUUAAAUUUUACGUAUUUUGCAUUAAAAAUGAGGACAAGAUGA